AUGACCUCCAUUCGCUUCUUCAUCACUCUUUUACUUACACUCAUUUCAGUAUGCUGCUGCCAGGAAGUGCCCGCUUCGAGGUUUGGGACAACAAGCUGGCGUAAUCAGACCUCUGCUCCACCGCGGUCUUCGCUACCACCCUCCAGCUCGUUGGUCCCUUCCUCUGCCCCCCAGUCUAGAAUCUCUUCCUCCCCACCACCCACGCUUCCCCCUGCCACCCCAACACGAGCAUCCUCAUCAGCACCCUCGAGAACAUCGUCCGCGCCUCCAAGCACCGUCACCGUCAGCAAUGGCGAGACCAUUGCCGUGGCUGCGGGAGUCCUCGUAGUCGGUGGUGCCGGCGGCGGCUUCUUCACCCUGAAUGGCGUUACGACAGCUGUCCCCGCUGGGGCUGCCAUCACAGCUGGAUCGACUGCACAAAACCCAGAGAACCCAGACGACCCAGGGAACGAGGCGACCAAGAAUCCAGAGCAACAGACGCCUUCGGAGGCACCCUCUAAUGCGCCCAGUUCAAGUGUACCUGCCUCAACUUCAGGAAGCCCGACCACCUCAUCAGCCGCCCCCACUGGUACGGCCGCCGAAUACAUGAUCUUCGUCAACAGGAACACCACGAAGGCAGACGCAGACGGUUUUGGCAACACCCUCAAGACCAUCGUUGGUGAUCAGCCACUCAAUUCUAUUGUAGAUGAGAAUGGCAUUGCCUACAUGUGGCGCACGAAGCUCAGGCCGGACCAACUCGAUAAGGUGAAGGCUGAUCGUGUCGUUGUUGACACAAUUCUGUAUCAGAAGGGCGCCGCUGAAAAAGACCCGACGCCAGACCCUGAGGACAAGGAUCCGGAGGUCGAGCCGGCUCUGGGACCGUCUCCGUCAGGGACCAGUACCGCGCCAUUGGCGAAGAGAGCGGACUACACGCAAUUGCCCACGGCUAAGAACAAAAUCCUCGAUCUUCGAACUCUGUCUACACCACCCCAGACCAACGGUAUCCUGGAAAACUUCUUCUACGAGGAUCCUGCUGGCGAGGGAAUCACGGUAUAUCACAUCGACAUCGGGCCGUUUGCCAUGGACCACGACGAGUUCAAGACGGAUUCCAAGGCUAGGCGAGAAACUAUUGAAGUGAACCUCGACAAGGAAAAUCGCGUUGCGGAUGCGGACCACGGAACCUGCGCAGCUUCCAAGAUAGUCGGCCAGGGAGUAGGCACUGCCAAACGCGCCGGCCUGGUUACUGUUCGAAUUGACGCGGAUCCUUGGGGCGUCAUCGAGGGCCUACAGGCUGCCGCUAAAGACAUCAUGGCCAAAGAUCUUCGAGGGAAAGCUGUUGUCUCUAUUUCUGUCGGCGUAGAGAUUGUAGACCCGAAAGAAGACCAGGUCAUCAUCGACUACAUUCGCGAGGUCCUCCAGGCCCUCCAAGAGUGGGACAUUCCCGUUGUCUGUCCCUCGGGUAACAACGGUGUUGCAGGCCAGACAGUCCAGGUCAACGAAUAUCCCGCAAUGUUCGCCGAUAAGUUCCCAGUGAUCGUCGUCGGCUCGACCAGCAGAAGGCUCGAGAAGUCCUGGUUCAGUCAACAAGGCAACCUUCUGACCACCUGGGCCGUCGGCGAGAACGUGAGGUGCGCAAGCUCGACCAACCUCGCCGGGCUGAAGUUCGAGACUGGCACAUCUUUUGCGGGUCCGCAAGUCGCCGGAAUCGCGGCCUACUUCAUGUCGCACCCCGAUUUCAACAAAGGCUUCCGCGUGGGCAGCGUCGCCGCUGACGUGCGCGAUCUCAUCGGCGCAACUUCGUUCCCGCGCAUCACCCACGAGGCGGGAUACCCGUCCAUGGCGUGGAACCUCUGGGGCUCGCAGCAAGCGUGCUCCGUGAACGGGGGCGGCAGCAGCGGCGCACAGAGCAGGGUCAUGAGAAGGGCCCUGGAAGGUCGACAGCUUCCUGCUUGUUCUCUCGCGCCCUCGUCCGCGCCAGCGACGGCUGCGCCAACAGCGGCACCUUCAGCGGCACCUUCGGGAAUUCCCAACGGAGGUCGCCCGACGACCGGCGGUCCGGUCACCACUACAGUAACUUCUCCUGCCGAAACAGCCACCGGACCUCCAAGCUGUGGUGUUUGCGGAGCGCAGGUCCCGGAUGGUGUGAGCGGAGAGAUUGGAGGGCAGGUUGGCUGCCAAGGGGGGAUUCCGUACGCGCACAGUUCUUGUGAGGGAAAUGCCAACUGUAAAUCCUGGGCUAUCGGACAAGAAGACAGAGGAACCUACAGCAUCCAGGUGUGCCUAUUCUUUGACCAGAACGCCCCGAAGAUGGUUAGCCAGGCGCCGGCUGACCCAGAGGGGAAGUGCCCGUUCAAGUACUACGACAAGGCGUGUCCAGAGCCAGCGUCAUGA